AUGGAGAAAUACAGCCAGUUCCGCGAUCGCGGAUCUGGCAUCUCGCCCUUUAUUCCCUCUUCGACGCCGAGUUCGACUCUCUCUUCGCUCUUACAUACAGCUCUCUUCCUCUUCCGACUACCGCUUUUCCUGUCGUACAGCGCCUUAUUCUUCAUCUUCCUCGACAACCUACCUUCUUUCCUCGUUCCGCAGGUCAUUCGUAAACUGCUGUUAUGGACGUUCCUUGGUAUACCGGGUAUUUGGUGGGUGGAUCUGCAGCUCGACGGUGUCAAGCGUGGCUCUCUUUCGCAGCAGCCGAGCUCUCGCUUUCCGGGAAAUUCUAGCCGUUCUGUCAUUGCAGCACAGUUUACGAGCCCUAUCGACGCUCUCUACCUCGCCGCCAUCUUCGACCCUAUAUUUACCAUCUCGUUCCCGGGUACACGUAAGGUCCAGCGUGUUUCCCUCUUGCGCGGUAUCCUGCUUGCCCUCUUGCCACCAGCACUAUCUCCGCCGUCUCCUAAAAACUUAACCACCUUGCGUGCACUCGUAGAGCAAAACCCGCACCGUGUUAUCGCCGUCUUCCCCGAGAUGAGCACUACAAACGGCAAGGGAAUCCUUCCGUUUUCCCCGUCUUUGCUAUCCGCGCCUGCCGAUGCACAGAUCUUCCCCGUCAGCAUACGGUACACACCGCCCGAUAUUACAACCCCUGUCCCGGGUGCUUAUAUUUCCUUCCUAUGGAAACUCCUCAGCCGUCCUACGCAUCUUAUUCGGGUGCGCAUCGCUGAAGGUGUGACUAACAACUCUGCCGCGGCGACGAACGGGGAUGGACCAGCGAACGGAAUCCCGGAUAAAACCGGCGAUGAGGUGGACGGCGAAUAUCUCACGUCUGAAGAACGGGCGUUGCUCGAUAAGGUCGCCGAUGAUCUAGCGCGGCUCGCGCGCAACAAGAGAGUCGGCUUGACGCUACGGGAUAAAGCAGCAUUUGUCUCGGCCUGGAAUAAAGGCAAAAAAUGA